AAAAUAUCAAAACCAAAUCAAUCAAUCUCAAAAUCUAUCUUCUGAUUCUUUGUUCAAAUGUCUUCCUCUGGUGGGAAUUUAAACAGUUCCUUUUCUUUUCCAUCUCAAUUCAUGAGUUCAUCUUUGACUGAUCUUUUAGCAAAAGGAAAUGAAGAAAUUGGAAGUUUUGGUCAAGAACUUAAUAGUUAUGAUAACAAUUGGGGAUUUAAUUCAGAGAUACCAAAGUUUAAAUCAAUUCCACCUCCUUCUCUACCUAUUUCUACACCCUUUUCACCUUCUUCAUUUUUCUCUAUUCCAUCUGGUUUAAGCCCUAGUUCUUUCUUGGAUUCUCCUAUUAUGUUAUCUUCAUCUCAUGCUCUUAAUUCUCCUACAACUGGAAGUUACUCGAGUUUUGCUUCUUUUAAGGAUGAUAAGAAUGGUGGUUCUGAUUUCUCUUUUAGAUUGCCUCAAACAGCUCUUGUUAGAUCUUCUUCAAACAUGUUCUCAUCUUCUGCUAAUGGGUCAACUCUAUCGAAAUCAUCAGGAUUGAAAAGAGAAGAGCAAGAACAUGGUUGGAACAUGAACAAUCAAUUACCUUCAUUGAAAAAAUCACCGGAGUUAAUAAUGCCAAUCCAAUCAAUAAGCAACCGAGAACCGAAUCAACAUACCAACGGCCCAAAUCACUCCCAAAACACAAGAGAAUUACAGAAGAAAUCAGACGACGGUUACAAUUGGAGAAAAUACGGUCAGAAACAAGUAAAAGGAAGCGAAAAUCCUCGAAGUUAUUACAAAUGCACAUACCCAAGUUGUCCAACAAAGAAAAAAGUUGAAACAAACAUUGAUGGAGGAGAAAUAACUGAAAUAGUAUACAAAGGAACACACAAUCAUCCUAAACCACUUCAUACUUCUAGAAAAUCAUCUGACCAAAUGACAACAACAAUGUAUGCUAAACCAGAGUGUGUCACCACGCCCGAGAACUCCUCCACGACGUCGUAUGGUGACGAAGAGUUCGAUCAAGAAUCUAAUUCAAUGACGAAAUCGGAGGAGGAGAACAAUGGGAAUGAACGGGAUGCUAAGAGAUGGAAAGGUGACAACAACAAUUUUAGUAAUGAAAAUGAAGCUAUGUCAGCUUCUGGAAACAGAACUGUCCGUGAGCCACGUGUUGUUGUUCAAACCACGAGCGAUAUUGAUAUUCUUGAUGACGGUUAUAGAUGGAGGAAAUAUGGACAAAAGGUGGUCAAAGGAAAUCCUAAUCCUAGGAGCUAUUAUAAAUGUACAUUCAUAGGAUGUCCAGUGCGAAAACACGUGGAACGGGCAUCCCAUGAUUUGAGGGCUGUGAUCACGACAUACGAAGGGAAACACAAUCACGAUGUUCCUGCACCGAGGGGGAGUGGAGGUUAUGGUGCUGUUAAUAGGGUUCCUUCCGUUAGUAACAACAGUGGUCCCACAGGGGCAAUUAGGCCAGUGGCUAUGAACGGUGGUAACUCGAACAAUUCUUCGGGUACAAGACCACCGCAUAGGCUUGAGUUGAUCCAGGGUUCAGGCAAUUACGGUUACUCGGGAUUUGGGAACUCAAACAUGGCUAACGUUGUAAACUACGCUGAAAAUGGAUUGUCUAAAGCAAAAGAAGAAAACGUGGAAGAUCCUUUCUUCAAUUCGUUUCUACGUUGAGCGAAUUUUUGGAUAGAACAUCGAGACUAAUGACCACAAGAGGGUGAGUUCUAGCGACUAUUUAAAGAAGAAAAAUGUUAUGUAAAUUAUAGAAAAGAAAAAAAAGGUGGUUGUAUUUGUUGGUUUGUUGGUUGGUAGUUGAAAUCAUACCAGAAUAUAUAGAUAGACAAAUAGAUACGGACAUGAAACUUUAUAUGUAGGAAAUCUAGAUUUAUUACAAGUAAAGUUGGUUUAUUUUAUU